GUGAUAAAUAAACAAAAAUAAAAUUGCUGAAAAAAAAAUUAUUUUUAAUGUCGGAAUGUAGCGAAGAGCCUGCAAGGAAAAAGCCCAAAAGGCACAUGGAAAGAAUCGCCAUUUUCCGUUCUGAAGGAGGAAGUUUUCAAAAAUAUCAAUCAUUGUUGGAAUCAAAUAAUUUCGAGGCAUUUCUCGUACCAUCCAUCGACUUUGAAUACAAAAACUUGUCAGAACUGAAAGAAGCAUUAAAAACUCCCGAAAAUUACUCUGGCAUCAUUUUCACGAGUCCCCGAAGUGUAACAGCUGUCGUUAAAGCUCUCUCCAAUGAAACCCUGCCCUCCGAAUGGAAAAACAAACAAAAUUAUUGCGUUGGAGCAAGUACAUGGAAUGAAGCGAGCGUCGAAUUGGAUCUCAAUUCUGCGGGAAAAGACUCUGGAAGUGCCUCAAAGUUGUCGGAAAUGAUCAUCAACGACUUUCAAAGAGAUCCGAAGCCUCUUCUCUUUCCUUGUAGCUCGAUAAAAUCUGAUGUUUUACCAACAAAACUGAAAGAAAACGAAAUUUCAUUGAAAAUUAUCGAUUCUUAUGACACAAUUCCGCAUUCAGAAUUAGAAAAUAAUUUAAAAACCAUCAUUGACGAUUCAAAAAUGCGAUUUUUGGUAUUUUUCAGUCCAAGCGGCGUAAAUUCCUGUAAAGAAAUCCUUCAAAAAGGACCAUUGACGUUGAAAAACAAGAAAUUUAUCGCUAUUGGAGAGACAACGAAGCAAAGUAUCGUUCAAAAUGGAUUUGAAUGUCAUGGUAUAGCAUCGUCUCCGACGCCUGAAGGGCUUUUGGAAUGCCUUCAAACCUUUAGAGACUCAUAAAUUUAUGAGAUACACAAAAUUCUAGUCUUUAAAUUUGUUAAUUUUGAUUUUUAAUACAAACUAUUUACAUUUUUUUCUAAU